AUGGACCGUCAUGAUGAAUUAUUACGAACUGAAGAAAUUUAUUCUCAAUGCAUAGAAUCGAUUAAAAACUCUAUCCUGGGGAUUCAACGAGAAUUUUCUUCAGCUAAACAGCUUCUUGGUCAUCAGAGGAACGAAAUUAUGAAACGCAUGAGCGUAGCCAAGAAUGUUCUUGAAAUAGAUGUUUUGAAAAAUACACAAGAUUUUCAUGAGCACAUUAUAAAGGAGAUCAUGGAUAUAGAAAAAGUAUGUGAGGAGCAUCUGUUACGACUGAAAAUUGAGUUACUCACGACAACGAAAGAACGUAUGCAGCCACCGUCCCGCGUAAGUCUACGAGACGUGAAAAAAAUUUGCGGAACGUUUCUUGCUUGCGACACGUGCGGCGAAACAACGAACGAGAUGCCAUGUCGUUGCUUUUGGGAAAAUAUACCAAAAUGGAGUCUGGAAAAUACACAAAAUAUUUUAGCUAAUCGAAAGAUGAUCGCGAGAAGCGAACUCGACGAAUCCGAUCUGAAGUUUAAGCAGGAUAUGAUAUACCUUCGAACGAAAAUGUUUUCCUUGCCCAGAAAGCCAGACGACCAGAAACGUCGAAUGUCAGUGAGACAAUCGAAAACUGACACUUUUACCGAUCUUCUGAAGGAAACCAAGAAAUUCGAUCACUUUUCCGUAGUAACGGAAUUAUCGAAGAUAAGUAAUCUAAAAUUUAUCGACGGAAAAUUCGUGGAUUGUCAUGUUUGGGGAAAAAUUUUGGACAGGCAUGGAAAUCAGUACGGGACAAAGUGGUAUUUAGUUCUUUGCCCGCAAAUAGAAAAAAUGUUGAAAAAACGCCACGUACCAAUGCUACAUUUAAAUCCGAGUUCUACUUUCGCCUUCUUAUCGAAGAUUCUGGAGAACGGAGCGAACUUUGUACUGUUAAGGCCAGAUUUGAUUUCUUUGUUAGACGAUAAGGACCGUCCUUGGUUGGAAAGAUGGAAAUUACAAUUUCAACUGAAUAAUAGAAAGCACAUAGCUGUAACUUUGAUACAAGCUCGUUACCGUGGCUACAUGUUACGUAAAAUGAAAACCGACUCCGAGCUACUUUACAUAGCCGCCAGUGUUUUGUGGUUAUGUUGGCUGACUCUGAAGAAGAAAAGGGAGAUACACGAACGUUAUCUGAUGAAAAUGUUGAUAUCGUUGCAAACAACACGGGAGCUGUCUUUAAAAUUAAACAGAGAAUUCAAUUCUAUCAUUCAGAAACCACAUGUGGUAAUACAUUUGCCAUCCUUUGGUUACCCAGUGGACUUACGUCGUGCGUAUAUACCGCAGAAGCUCGCUAUCGAGCAAAACAUGGCCAGUUUACGUAUGUGUUUCGUGCGCAAUCCAAACACCGAAGUGAUCUACAUAUUAUCUGUGAGACCGACCAAAGACUUACUGUUGAUGUACAGCGACUUCAUCGAGUCAAUACGCGCGGGAGAGAACAUAGCAAAACGAAUCACUUUCAUCGCUUUGUCUCAAGGGGAGACCUUCAGUCGGUGUACAUUAAAUCUCUCUAGGAUUCUGCAUUGUUCCGAGGAUUCCCUUAACGAAAUUCGACAGAGGAUCGCCGGUAAACGCGCUUACUUCUUACCAUUGAUCGUCGACGAAUGCGACAUGAGAUUGGCCGGGAACCUUGGCGUAGCCUUGCUAAGUCCCGACAUGGAGGUCCAAAGAAAAUUCCUAAACAAAUCGAUAAUGUCCGCCAUGAUCGAUGGACUUGGACUGGCGCAACCACCGCAUUACAAGCAUAUACAUAAUUACGAGACCCUAUGCAGCGCUCUAGCUCAAAUGAUUAUUCAUCAUACGGAGAUCUGUGCGUGGGUGAUCAAACUGAAUUUUGGCACGAACCAGGUGCAUCGCGGCAUUUUUCUGAUUAAUCACAUCAGCAUCCCGUUUAUGCCAAGUUUACGGAAGGAGAGAGAAAAAUUCGGGGACACGUGGGGGGUGAAUUGCUCGGUGCGAAACAUGUUUCUGGACAAGUUAACGGAACAUUUGCCGAAAAUUGUUUCCGCUGCCACUAGACUGUCAAGGUUCUACGAUUCAUGGAAGGACUUCUAUUCUCAAUUGCAAAAAAUGGGCUCCCUGCUGCAAGCAGUGCCCGUGAAAAAGGACGAUAAAGCCAUCGCUGUUAGUCUAUUCAUUCCGAGAAAAGGGAUUAAAGAUAAAGUGAAGUGGCUGGGAACCGCCGAUAUAGUACGUUUAGAUGUUUGCACUGUUUCAACGCGUGUGUACAUGAUACCGCAAACCUCAUUAGUCAACACCAAACUCGAACCAAUAGUAAACAAAUUUGCGAAAGGGAUGCAAAAUGAAGGUUAUUUCGGUUACGUGACCGUUGACUGUUAUUGUUAUCCUGAGAAAAACGAGGAGAAAUUAGGGAUUAUGUUGCUGCAUGUAUAUCCUUUUUAUACGGACGUACACAGUUAUAUGGAAUGGAUGAAAUUUUCAACUGGAGGAACGUACAUGGCCGCAGGGCAAACUGCAACGCAUCCUUUAGAUGUAACUAAAGUACGAAUGCAACUUUCAAAGGCUUCUCUGACCGAAACAGUACGAACAACUUUACAUGGCGUCGGAGUACGCGGAUUUUUCGUUGGCUGGACCGCUGGGCUUCUCCGCCAAUUAACAUAUAGCACAGCUAGACUUGGAAUGUACACCACUUUGUACGACUUGUGUCAACAAUAUCUUGGAUGUUUAAAUUAUCCUACGAUGAUUGGCAUGGGAAUGAUAUCCGGUGUCGUGGGUUCAUUUGUUGGAAGUCCGACCGAUUUGGUUUUAAUUCGUAUGAUAGCCGACGUGAACUUACCUCCCGAGAAGCGAUGGAAUUAUAGAAAUGGUUUCGUUGGAUUAAUCACUAUUGCGAAGAACGAAGGAGUGCGUGCAUUAUGGAGAGGAAGUACAGCAACAGUGAUAAGAGGAGCUGUCGUCAAUGGGACACAGUUGGGUACAUACAGCAAGGUUAAACUAAUGUUGAUAGAUACAGGUCGCUUUCACGAAGGUGUAUUAUUGCAAUUUUGUUCAGCUAUGAUUUCCGGACUAGUAACGUGUUCAGUGUCACUUCCCUUGGAUGUAUCUAAAACUAGAUUACAAAAUUGGACUUCAUCAAAAAAAUCACCGAACCUUUUUGGCAUGAUACUCUACAUAGUACAAAAAGAAGGAGUGAGAGCACUGUGGCGAGGAUUUUUACCGUAUUAUUGUAGAGCUGCGCCUAACUCUAUAAUCACAAUGAUAUGUGUCGAUCAACUUCAUCGUAUAUACAUUAAAUUGUUCCUGGUGCCUCAAGAAUGA